UUAACCCGAUUGAACGACUAGUCUAUCUAGCUAGCAUUCCUCCUUGCUCCGACGUUGAGUUAGGGAGAGAGAGAUUUAAAAACGAGGGUCGCAAAUUAGAAUUCAGAGACGAAUUGGAUUUGAAUGGUCAAGGCAACUCGGCUAUUAACAACGGGACUGAAGGACUCGAAAAAUGGCCACAUAUACACCGCUGAACCCGAAAGAACUGACGAGGCGUGUUUGAACGCGACGGAAUCUUUUUGUUUCGGUGUGAUUAGCAAACCAAACGAGUUUUGGGAAUAACCGAGGCCCUAUAUCCUCGGUGGAUUCUUUUUUUUUUGGAUGAGGAGCGCAAGAUUGAUGACCGCUACCUUUAACAAGGCCAGAAUAGCGACAUCCCCUUUAAAUUAAGAUUAGACUGGUGCAUUUAUAUGUAAAACCGUGGUAGUCGUAAAUAUUGUAACGUAGUCUUAUUUGUUUGUGCAGUGACAGAACAUUGUGAGAUGACUUCUCAGAAUUAAAGCGAUUUCAUUAAGCUUACGAAGUCAGUGGAGUGAAAUGUUUUUAGCUGAACGUGAGUUGAUAUAGUUAUGAUCCGUCCCUGAUAAACCAAAGGAAUGAAGCCAGGACAUAUCUUUGGGCCUGGAUACGUUUUGAUCGGUCUGUGUGUAUGAUCCGAAGGCUCGCCACAGAAGCCAACAUUCCAGUGGAUUCUAAAAACCCUGGGCUUUGUUUUAUGCUUAUGAACUGAAGUCGGUUACACCAUAAACUAUGCAGUAAAUCGCCUUCUAACGAAGUAUUGUUGGACCUUUUUACUAAUUAAGUCUUUUAGGCCCAAGUAGCCGAGAAGAAAUAGUAUUUGGUGAGUAAAGUCUAGGCCUUGUGUACAGAUAUGCGAGUGUUGCCUGUGGAAGCUUUAUAGCUGACGACGUUACACAUCAAACAAAUAGGCUGUAGUUAUGUCGCUAUUGUGAGGAUCAAAGUCCGUCGCAACGUGGUGCAAUGUUUAUUGAAGGGCUAAGGACACUUGUCACAUGUAUCUGAUUUGCAAUCCUUGUAUUUUUGUUUCAUCCUUUGUACCAAAAAGCUCUCACGAGCGUAAUCGUAUUAAUUGUGAACGUACCCAAAAUAGUCGGUGUAUUAUUGGAUGAGAGGAUAAAAUAACAAUUAAUGUGCCCUUCGCAACAUCGGCGUUGUAUCAACCUUGGGCAAGCUUCAUCGAUUUACAGAUGGCUUUAUUCAGGGUGACGGUAUAGGAAGAAUUUCAGCAACGCAAUCUUUUACUUAUGUUCAUUUCUGGACCUCAAUCGAUUGAGGAACAAACAAACAUAAGCGGACGAGGAAGUCAAGGCUAGCUUGUCAAGCUAAAGUAAAAGGCUACGCAGAAGGGGAGAGGAAAAGGUCUUUGUCGCGUGUCUGUCCGCCGCUCCCAAAAUGGCCUCCAACAUGGCGACCUCCGACCUGUCCGAGACAUGGAGGAACUGUUUCGAAGAGGAGCUGAUCUGCCCCAUCUGCCUGCACGUCUUCUCCGAGCCUAUCCAGCUGCCCUGCAAGCACAACUUCUGCCGGGGCUGCAUCUCCGAAGCCUGGGCUAAAGACUCCUCACUGGUCCGCUGCCCUGAGUGCAACCACGCCUACAGUCAGAAGCCUGCUCUGGAGAAGAACCACAAGCUGUCCAACAUCGUGGACAAGUUCAACGCAUUGUCUGUAGAGAAGGCCGCCUCGCCGGUGCUGCAGUGUAUUCUGUGCCGCCGUGGCCCCCCGCUCCCGGCUGUCAAGGUUUGCCUGCGCUGUAGCGCCCCCUGUUGCCAGAGCCACGUCCAGACACACCUGCAGCAGCCCUGCUCCGCCCUGGGACACCUGCUGGUGGAGGCUGAGGCAGUCAAGGCCUGGACGUGUCCUCAGCACGACGAGUACAGACUGUACCACUGUGAGGCAGAACAGACAGCCGUGUGUCAAUACUGCUGCUUCACACGAUGCCAUCCCAGUCACGGACACGGAGUCACUGACGUGGAGCUACGCCGCAACGAUAUACGGCAAAAUCUAUUGCGGCAGCAGGAGAGGGUGGAGGAGAGAGUUCAGGACAUCGAUGAGCAGCUCUGUAAACUCGACUCUGACAAGUGUGUGGUGGAGGAUAGAGUGUGUGAGCUAAAAGAGGAGGUGCGUGUGCAGUACCAGCGGAUGCAGCACUUCUUGGAAGAAGACCUGUCCCGAACACUGGAGGUUCUAGAGCGGGCGCGUUCUAGGUUCUGCCAGGAGAACGCGGGCCAGGUUCUAGCUCUGGGAGAACAGAGACACGAGGCCCAGAAGCUGCUCAGCUCGGUCCACACGGCCUUCGGCAAGGCUGAGGAACUGGGCUUCAUGAAGAAUACUAAACCUGUCAAGAUCCUCAUGGAGAGGUCUCAAGCGUGCGUGGGAAGUGCGCUCCCUCCCUACAAGGUGGGCAGUCUCAACUCUAAGUUGUUCCUGUCAGAACUCUCCAAGAGAGAGAAGAGCCUACGGAAAACACUGGAAGCCCCCCUAGCCCCUCCCUCCUCGUUCCUCCAGUCCGUCCAGGCGUAUCCCAGCGGCCUUGGCUCCGGGGCAGAGAAACGCAAACACUCCUCUGUGUUCCCAGAAAGCAACGGAAGCGCCGGGAAAACAUCUGCUUCCGGGUUCAAGGACUCAUCAUCCAAGCAGCCCUACCUAGGCCCAAACUCUGCCCCUGGGGAGGGCCAAUCCUCUAAUCAGCAGCCUCUGGUUCCCUGUGGCCCCUCCCACAUGAACGAAAAUGGCGGAACAGGAAGUGGAAGUGGCUCUCUAACAAAUCACCAUUCAGGGUCUGUGUUUGGUCCCUCCCACUUUCCCCCUGCUGGCGGUAGCUCCUCCCAUACUUCUCAGCAGGCAGUGCUCCCCCAGUAUGGCGGGCGUAAGAUCCUGGUGUGUACCAUGGAUAAUUGCUACUGCUCUGGGGUACCCUCUGUGUCAGGCCACCGCGGCCACCCUCCCUACCCACGUUCAGGCUCCUUUCCCUGGGUAAGCACCCAGGACUACCCCCCUCCCCCUGGCCUGGCCUCUGGAGCUCCAGCCAUGCAAGGGCUGGCUGUCAGAGACUGGAUAGAUGCACAGCAGACGCACAGACACACAGACUUCUAUGGCCUGUAUGGGCAGCCCUCCACCAAGCACUAUGUCACCAGUUAACACGCAUACAUUUAUCUAUACACACACAUACUUCUACAGUCAAACAGCUCUCUACUAAGCACUACGCUACUAGUUAAAUAAACGCAUGUCUACACAUGUAGACACACACAGAACCUACAUACAUACAGGUACACACAGACGUUCACUUCUACAUGUUAUACGGACAGUCCUCUGCUAAGCACCAUGUUACAACUCGUAUAGAUGCACUUACAAGCACUCUCGGGGGCAGGGUUGACAUGUAUUCGUUUUCUCUGUCAGACAGACACACAGUGUACUGUAUGAUGAUAUACGUCUCUUUGUGCAAAAACUGUUGACGCUGAAGCACUUCGGCUCAACUGAAACGUUUUAGCGACAUCUCCUUCCCCGUUGUAGUGAGAUCGAUAGCCUUAUGUUAUAAUUAUUUUCCAUGUUUAUUGAACAUGGUCUGAUAACUGUAAAGAGAACAAUGGUUUAUUACUGUUACAGCUCUGGUUUUGUCUCCUCUCCUUGCUGAGUUCAGGGAUGUACUGUGCAGCUUGAACACACUCGCUCUUCCAAGUUCUCUUCUGUGUGUGGCUGGGACACCCUUUCUAUGCACUUUGGGGGGGGGGGUGGGGUGUGUUGGGAUUUCUCUCUGUGUAGAAGUUGCUCUGUAGACAGGUCUAGGAUUAGCUACCCUCCCUGUAGACACAGGUCCAGGAUCAGCUGACCUGUCCCCCAGUCCAAACCUUAAACAUCAGUGGGUCAAAUGGCAGAAACUGUCCCUAGAUCAGGGUUUAGGGGCAACUGUAAACCUACUUCAUUAUGGACCUUCUUUAUUCCCAUUGAUCCAAAUCCCAUCAGAGGGGAUCCGACCCCCUUCCUUUGUGCUGCCAGGCUUCCCAUCGGAUUGAAUUCUUCCAUCUGAGAGAGCUCCUUUUUUAGUUUUAUUAAUAUACGGAUCAUGACACAAGUGAUUCCCAUAUGGCAUGUGAGUAAUCAUACCAUAUGAGCAGGUAUCAUGUUUGUCUUGAAGACAAUUGGACUCGUAGACAGGAUGGUGGCUCGGCGAGCAACUACAUGGCCUGGACUGUACUGGACAGACCAAACAAAUCAACUCAAGCAUCUGGGAGUGUGACGGUGACAAUGCGUUAAUAAUGUACUUCCUGCAGGGUGACGUCACUUCCUUUUAACAAGCACACGCUCUCGGCUUCCUGUUUGCAGCUGUAAGCAUGCGGGGAAGAGUUUUAUAAAGCACUCUGGAAUAAAAAAUAAAUAAAACAAGAAAUGGAAAAAUAAAAAGAUGAGUGGAAGUAAUGGUUGAGGGUUUUUUUCAUGAACUUUUUCUAAGAGAAACUGGACUGUUUGACUUAAGCAUUGGUUUAAACAAAUGUUGGAAGGGAACUGUUACAAGAACAGUUGACCAAUAGAGAAAAAAAAUGGGAAACUUUUUUUGUAAAUAUUUUGAAGUGAAAAAUAAAGGACGUCAAUUGGAGGGUUCCAAAUAAAUCAAGGCAUUUAAUUAAGUUACUUCCCUCCAUUUCUUGAUCACAACUCAAGUCUCUUCCUCUUUUCUCUUGUCAGCCUUUAUUUUCAGAUCUGUCAAGUAAAUAGUUUUACUUAUAGAUACUGAACUACACUUAUACAUUUAUGUGGAUGCUACCGUGAUGACGGACAAUCCUGGCUGAAUCGUGAAUAAUGAUGAGUGAGAAAGUUAGACGCACAAAUAUCUUACCCCCAAGACAUAACCUCCCACCAUUACAAUAACAGGUGGUGAGCAUUUUUGGCAGGGGGGUUUAUGAUAUUUGUGUGUUUAACUUUCUAACUCAUUAUUCACAGUUCAUUCAGGAUUAUCCAUCAUGGUAGCAUCCACAUUCAUGUAGAAGUGUUUAAACAUAUUCUAUUCUUAUUUACAUUAAGUGACCUCAAAAUGACUACAAGAUUUACCGUUCAUUUCUUUUGGGCACUAAAUAAUCUGGAACAACCAAAACAAACAGCAUAUGCAUCCAACAAAUGUGUAGUCACAAGUUUGAUGUAGUCAUUGUGUGCUAUGAAUAUGGGACCAAAUACUUAACUUUUCACUACUUUAAUACACGUGAAUUUGUCCCAAUAUUUUUGCUCCCCCAAAAUGGGGGUGAAUAUGUACUAACAGUGAUGUAAUUUCUAAAAGGUUCACCCAAUAUGCAUGAAAAUACACUCAUUAAAGCUGACAGUGUGCACUUUAA